AUGACGCAGACACCAUUCUUCACACCGACCGCUUCGGCCAUCUCACUACAGGGUACGACACUGGUCAUACCCGCUGUAUCUAUCGGCUCCGUGCCGCAGCUCGCCAUCGACCUCUUGCUGCACGAUGCGUCGCUGAAGCUCACGAAGGUGGGGCGAUUCGAUCCUGCAUACUGCUUUCCGUUCGUCGGACCGUCAGAUAGCGGGGAUGACGACUUGACGACUGCGCUUGAGGUCUUCUCCAACGGCACCCUGACAGUGAUUCAGCAGCGCUCGCCGGUGUACAAGUCUUCCAGCGCCGCGUACAUCACUGCGCUCACACACUGGAUCUCAGAGAGCAGCUUCGCAGAGACACUGUGGCUGAGCUCAAUCGACGCGGCCGCGCGGACGGACGAGGAGUUUUCCACGCCCAUACUGUCCUUUCCCCCACCAGGGUCUUCUCCGUCUACACUGGCGCUGUCCAAGCUGUCCAGCUCGUAUAAGACCUUCAAUCCGCCACGCGACGCCUUCGCGCCCACAGCGCAGGAAGGUAAGGGGAGCGUACCGCACAUCCCAGGCUCACUGCUCACAAAACGGCUGCUUGCCCACGUCGCAUCUCAGGACAACCUUCGCGACAAGCUCGGUGCACUGCUCUACUUCGCCGCGGAAGGCGACACACGGGAAGACGCACACCAUCUAGCCACCGUUGUCCUCCACCUUCUCUCCUCGUCACACGCAUCAGCAGCAGAGUCACAUCGGUCGUUCAAGGAGCCGCCCUCAUGGUCCGCGCUCUUCGGUCAGCCCGCCGAAUCUUCACUCUACGGCUAA